AUGGCCCUCUCCACCCCUCCGCCGCCCCCUGACCCUUCCUCCACCACCACAACUCGGCCACCCUUCCCUGACCCCAGGCCCCCUAAUUCCCAUCCCCUUCCCUUUUAUCCACCCCCGAUCCCGCGCAGUUUCUCUACCCCGUUGUCUCCUCCGGACUCGGCUUCGUUCCGGGACCGGGACCUCCCUCGAGACCGCCGUGCGUGUUCCCCCACCCAGAACCAGUUACCUGUUGUCGCCUCCGGACUCGGCUUCGGUCCGGGACCGGGACCUCCCUCGAGACCGCCAGUCGUGUGCCCCCACCCAGAACCAGUUCAGUUGCAGGAAAGACCAGGUUAUUCCGGACCGAUUCAUUUGCUUGCAUCCGGACCUUCUUCUGCUGCUAAUGUUGGUGGUGGAGUCAUGCCUGGUGUGUUUAAAGGAAUUCCAGUCUCAUCUUUUCACCGUCCAAAGGUCAGUUCUUCUUCAACUUCAAUCUCUGACAGUAACGGCCACAAAAACUUACGGGAUAGAAGUAGGGAUAAUACUUUACCAGUUGUUAGAGAAAGGAAGGUCAAAGCAUCUGAUAGUGCUUCUCUUUACACCCUUUGUAGGUCAUGGUUGAGGAAUGGUUUUCCUGAAGAAAUUCAGCCUCACCACUUGGAUACUGUAAAGUCUCUUCCCAGACCUUUGCCUUUAACUCUGCUAGAUUCAGAUUCAACUGAGAAAAGGGAAGAUAAAGAAGAGGAAAAUGAGGAUGAGGGAUCUGUUGAGCAUUUAUCUUCAAAUGAGCUUUUGAAAAGACAUGUCAAGCAUUCUAAAAGAGUUCGGUCACGAUUAAGAGAAGAAAGGCUCCAACGAAUUACGAGAUACAAAACCAGACUCGCUCUUCUCUUACCCACGGUGGUCGAGCAAACACUUCAAAAAUGA